AUGGAGAACUUGAUGAUGGUCAAGAACGAGAUCGAGAGCUACGCGGCCGGGCCGGCUCCGGCCGUGGCGAUCGGCGCGGCGGAGGGCGGCGAGGCGAGCCAGGUGGUGGUGAGGAGGAGGAGGAGGGAGCCGGCUCUGCUCGCGCCGAUCAGCGGCGGCGCCAACGGCAGCGGCAUUGGCAAGCCGGUUCCGAGCAUCACCGUCAAGAGGAGCUCAAGGUUCCGUGGAGUCAGCAGGCAUCGAUGGACAGGUCGUUUUGAAGCGCAUCUGUGGGACAAGAACUCGUGGAAUCCAACGCAGAGGAAGAAGGGCAAGCAGGUCUAUCUGGGAGCAUACGAUGAGGAGGAGGCAGCUGCAAGGGCCUACGACCUUGCCGCUCUCAAGUACUGGGGACCCACCACCUACACAAACUUCCCGGUCGUGGACUAUGAGAAGGAGUUGAAGAUAAUGGAGAACCUUACGAAGGAAGAGUACCUUGCAUCGCUGAGAAGGAAGAGCAGUGGCUUUUCAAGAGGAGUGUCCAAGUACCGAGGGGUUGCCAGGCAUCAUCAAAAUGGAAGAUGGGAAGCAAGAAUCGGCCGCGUUUUCGGAAACAAGUAUCUCUACUUAGGAACCUACAGUACUCAGGAAGAAGCCGCGCGCGCAUACGACAUCGCCGCCAUAGAGUACAAGGGCGUGAACGCGGUCACCAACUUCGACCUGAGAUCCUACAUCACAUGGCUGAAGCCGAGCCCAAGCGCCCCGGUCACCUUCAACCCCGAAGCCCUCAUGAUGCAAACUACUCCGGCCGAGCAGCUCCUCCCGGCGGAGACCCAGAUGCUGCUCCCGCGCGGCAACCCGUUUCUGCUAGACCACAUCAACGCUUCGCCGGCGGCGAGCAGCGGCGCCGGCGGCCAGGAGGCCUCCAUGUCCAUGAUGAUGUCUCCCGGCGGCGCGAGGAAGAGGGGUUCGCCCACCGCGCUCGGCCUCCUGCUCAGGUCGUCCAUGUUCCGGCAGCUGGUCGAGAAGAACUCCGACGCCGAGGAGGCCGGGCACGGGAUCGGGGAGGCCGCCGCCCAUCAGGAAGCAUACGAAUACCACAACUUUUUUCAGGGAGAGGCUCCGGACAUGUGCGAUCUCUUCUCGUCUGGUAACAAUGGCCGUGCGCGAGACGGCGGGUUUCAGGGAGAAAUCGCGUGCUACGACGAUGGCGAGAGAUUGGAUGGUUGGAGUGGUUUUGGCAACGUGUCAUCCCUGCAAUAGUCUUGUGUAAAUUUCAAAAAUUCCAAACUGCUAGUUUCCCUUCCACACCUAUUCCAAACAGCUAGUUUCCCUU